GGUCGCAACGGGGUGGGCGGUUGGCGCGAGAGGGUGGCCGGGCGCGUGAGUGGGAGUCGGGCUAGGGGGGAGGGGGGUAGGAAGCCCCAAGCCCCAGGCGGGUAGCGGGUGCCGCAGUAUUGGGUGGGUCAGACAUCGAAGGAGCCGGCGUCUCAUGCGUUCGCUCCCGAUCGCGAUCAUUCUGUUUUCAUCCCCGAGAAAAUCCCCCCGAGUUCCCGGUGCGUGGAUUUUUCAUUCAAUCGGAAUGAUGUCAUGCCCUCGCAGAGUUUGUGUGCGCUCUACAGCGUGUUGAGUCUCAGAGUUUCCUUAUAUUCGGGCUGUCGUGACAUUGGCGGGACCGACGGCAGCGAUCAUGAUAUGGCAGUGGCGGCGCAGCGGGAAGGUUAGGCAGGCAUGCAUGCGAUAGCCGAUUCAUCGACUGGCAGACCGAAAUUCUCAGAGGUUAUAAGUCCUCGAAUUGGGGCAAAUCUUCGACAAUGGAAGUGGCUAUGCCGAUGUCUGGCAGUGCCAUCGACUGUUAUGAGGACAUGUUCAAAGAAAUCACGCGAAAACUCUACGGAGAAGAUGGCUUACCCGAUUUGAGUGCCAAUGACAGACUGGCUUCCACUAGUCAAGAUCGAGGUCUCACUCCCAUAGAAUACGAAGUAGACAGCCCUAUACUGAAACCAGAUGAGCAUUUGACUGCUUUCGGCUUAGCAGCCCUCAUGCAAAAUGGCUUUCCUGCUAGCGGGAUUUUGAACUCAGGCUUCCAAUGCCACAAACCAAACACCGGAAUACUCUUAGGCAGUAACCUAGAAGAUAAGUGGAUCUCUAGCGAGGACGCUCUACAAUGGACCCAAUCAAAAAUAGCGACCUAUAACCCAGCGCAGAAACUUUUCAGAUGCUGCGAGUGCGACUGCGCAGGAUAUCUUCUGAGAGUAGCUGAACACUGGCUGGGCACACACUCAGCCGUACGAGCCUUCCACUGUCCACAGUGUCCCUAUGAGAGUGCUUGGGCAAGAUGCGUGAGGAUACAUCUGAAUCGUCAGCACAACAUCAAUACAGAUGAGUCUUGUGACACCUUGACCAAAGACAACCCAGUGCUACAAGAGAUCCUGAAAUAUCUGCAGAGGUUGAAAAACAAGAUAGAAAAUAGCUGUGGCAAAACGUCGAGCUCGAGUAGUACUGCACAGAACGCAGACUAUGCGAACCAAACAGUUUCUAAUGCUUCCCCUAAUACACCAGUACCGACACAGGUAGCAAACAGUGCUGCUUCAUCCAACUCGGAGCAAGGUUCCAAUGCCAGUAAACGAUAUAGCUGCACGUUUUGUCCUUACGCUACCGACAGAAGAGAUCUUUUCACCAGACACGAGAAUAUUCACAGGGAGGAAAAACCCUUUCAGUGUUACGUGUGUCAGAAACAGUUCAAUAGGGCGGACCACGUCAAAAAACAUUUCUUGAGAAUGCAUAGGGAUCACCCAUAUGACCUCAAUAGGAUAAGAAGGCACCCUCCGAAAAAUGCGUCUGGAAUGUCCUACUACCAGAAAUACAACAACUCGAAUCCUUCUACCCAGUCGAACGAUUUAUCCACAAUUGGUUCGCUGUCCAUUCCAGGUUUCAACAACGUAUCCAGGAACCUUUCGAACUCUCGGAUACAGCCAGACAUGAAAUCCAACGGAAAAUCUGGGAGUUUAUCUAGAGGCAGCGGAAAGAAAAAGGGCGAGAAGAGAUUCAGCUGCUGUUAUUGUUCUUGGUCAGGAGUCGACAACUGGUGCCUUAAGCGACACAUGAACACGCAUUUGAAGCCUUUCGUUUGCGGGUUAUGUGAUUAUAAGGCUGCUAGGUCUGAGAGGCUUGCCACUCACGUGCUCAAAGUACACAACAAAAGGGCUUGUGGGAAAUGCAAUUACCUUGCUGAUGAUUUGACCCAACUGUCAGUUCACCAACAGGAACAGCACCCAUUGGAGCAGAGGAAUAGGUCGAGCAGUAGCAGUAGUAGCAGUAACAUACUGAGGACGAGUUCUUUCAAUGCCAGUGCUUCUACAACCCCCAGUACCAUAGCAAAUACGAACACAACUUCCUACAGUCAAUCCCAAGGACUCUUGAAAACCCACGACCUGACGACAGCAGCUGCUCUCCUCCAACAAAGCAACCGCUUCCUCCAGUCCGACGUGAAGUCAUGGAAGAACCACAUGCCCAAACAGCACGGAGCCGCCCGUCUCUUCAACUACAUGGAGGCCAGCGAUGGCUCAGAGCCAGAAAGCGAAUCCCGAGGCGCGGAAGACAUGAGCAGGCUCAACUUGGCCCACAGGAUUCAGUCGGAUUUUCCUGAGGCGGGAGAUGUUGGCCAGGACAAUGGGGAAGAGGAACUGCCUCUCUUCGUAUGCCAGACGUGCGGAUGCGAGUUCGAGGACGACUUGUCCCUUGAAACACACCAGUACACGCACAGUGCAGCAUCUCCCGCGAAAAUCGAUGACUCCAAGGAGAACGUCGACCCAGACUCGAAGUACAGAUGUCGCUUGUGCGAUGCAGGUUUCGACAGCCAGGCCUCCAUCAUCAGUCACAUGGCGAGCCACUUCAGCCUGACCACCAGAACUGUUCCCACGCAGCUGCCAAGCUGCGACAAGCGCCCGAGGAAGCAGAGACAGCCCAAGAAGGUAGUCCUGCCCUUCUGGGACUCAGAUGAAGUGGAGGUGUUGAGACACCUGAGCGGCAAACUGAGAAAGUGGCGGGGCACUUUGUCCUCCUCUAGAGGAGGCGUCAACAGGUUGAUAGACAAGUACAUGGCCCAGCUGGUGACCAGGAAAGGUUUGUCUUGCAAUUGGUGCAGUAGUUCGUGCGUCAGCAGGUACCAUACGAAGAGGAGUUUGGCACUUCACCGUUUCUGGAGGCAUUCCAAGAAACGGUAUCGAUGUGAGCAUUGUGAUAUGGUGUUCAAGCAUAGGUACCAAAGUGUGCUUCACAGCAGUCGUGUGCAUACUAAUCAGAAGACGCAAUUCGUGCCUGCGGUGCUUCCUAGAGAACCCACACAUCUACAAGUCAGUGCUGAGGCUGCAUGCUCGUCUCAGGACACGAGUAUCUUCUUCAGCAACUCUCAUGCUGUCUAUGUGCCUGACGCCACGAUGACUAAUGCACAUAAGAUCGGAAUGUCAUUCUUCGAUCAUUCUUUUAUACAUUCGAAUAAUGCUAUCAAUAAUCAUAUGCCGAUCAUCAUACCGACUUUCCCACCAAACUGAAGUUAUUUUUUUAGUGAAUGUGGUUAAUUUACUACUACGAAAGUGACCUUCGAGGAAUGCAUUGUAAAAUAUAUUUCCCAUUCUAGUUGAGAAUAUGGAAAAAGUUGAGUUUUUAUUUUUGGUAUGAAGGUGUGAUCCAUUAUCUGUCAUGUUUAUACCCAUAUAACUUUUGACGUUAUUCAAUAUUGAAAAGUUGUGCAAUAAUUGUUCAUUGUCACUGUACUUGUUCGAAUAUUAUAUAUUCAUUGACAAAAAUACACAACACAAUCGUCACACGAUAAAAUUCGCUGUACUAAUUAUUGUGCAGUUUGCAAAGAAAAUGAGUGAUCAAUAUUAGUAAGUCUCAUUGUGUUGUGAAUUUUUGUAAAUAUACAUAAUCUUAUUUAUCUUGGUAUCUUGCUUUGAAGCUGCAAUAUUUUCGUUGAUUUUUUAUGUUAUUCCUUAUCAUCAAAAUGAUAUUUUGUUUAAUAUUACAUGUCUUGUAACGUGGUUUGUAUUACAGAAAAAAUAAACAUCAAAUGUAACAUUCAUAUUACAAACAUUAUUAUAUAUUACCUGGAUAUGAGUAAAUUUACUCGAAGG